UGGAGUGGGGUGUUGAAGCUGGGACGACGAGCUCGCUGUGCGUUGGGGGUAGAAGACGAGAGGUGCUGGGGUUCGGAUCCGACACACUCGCACACGCUCAUUCAGUCCGUCAGCCAGCCAGACACUCAGUCAGGCAGACAAAGAGGAGCAGCAUCCGGCAGGAGGACAGCACGCUCCCGGGGGAUGGGGCAUCAUACCCCUGCAUCGCGUCGGGGGGGCCGGAGGAGGCACAGGAGAGCCAUUCAGAAGAGUCGGGGGUCAAAGGUGAGAAGAGCAGAGGGCACCAUGGAGAGUGAGCCGGGGGCCCCUGCCCCCACGGCCAACAGCACCGGGACCGCCACCACCGCCACCGCCACCGCCACCUCCUCCAGCACCACAGCUGCCAGCAGCAGUAGUACCUCUAACACUACUGCUACUACUUCUACCACUCCCCCCAGCAGUAGUAGUAGUAACACAAACAGUAGUGCCAGCAGUAGUACUGCAGCCGGGAGGCAGGCGGUGCCUCAGAUAUCUGUUUACAGUGGGAUACCCGACCGGCAAACAGUGCAGGUGUUCCAGCAGGCGCUACACAGACAGCCUAACACAGCAGCACAGUACCUGCAGCAGAUGUACGCGGCUCAGCAGCAGCAUCUGAUGUUACAGACUGCUGCCCUCCAGCAGCAGCACAACCUCAGCACCGCUCAGCUGCAGAGCCUGGCUGCUGUCCAGCAGGCCAGUAUCGCUGCUGGCCGGCAAAGCUCUUCACAGAACGGCACUUCAUCCCAGCAAACAGGAACAACUCAAGCUACGAUCAACCUGACCACCUCCCCGGCAGCAGCGCAGCUCAUCAGCAGGGCCCAGAGCAUAAGCUCCACCCCCACCAGUAUUUCCCAGCAGGCUGUUCUACUGGGCAGCCCAUCCAGCCCCACGCUCACAGCCAGCCAGGCACAGAUGUACCUGCGUGCACAGAUGGCCCAGCAGAGUAACCUGGUGCAGGUGGCCCGGAGUCUGGGCCGGGCGGUUCCUCUGUCCCCGCAGCUCAUCUUCACUCCAACUGCCACAGUGACGGCUGUCCAGUCAGAGAGCUCCUCGCAGGCCUCCUCGCAGAAUCAGGUCCAGAAUCUAGCUAUCCGUGGCCAGCAGGGGGCGACCACGUCCUGCUCUCACGCUCAGACCCUGCAGGCUCUCAGUCUGAAGCAGAGCCCUGUUCCCAUCCAGCCGGCCAAUCUGAAGAAUCCCAGCCAAGUAACGCAGGCCUCCGCAGGAGCAAAGGCCGGCUCCUCUGACAGUUCAUCUGAAGCUGGGAAGAAGGGGGACAACUCAGAACCCCGAGCUAUCAACAUGAGCCGCAACGUCACAUCUAUCAGCGCUCAGCCACUGAUUGCUCCAGCGUACACUCAUAUCCAGCCCCACUCCCUGGUUCAGCAGCACAAGCAGCAGCAGCAACAGCAGUUUGUGGUCCAUCAGAGUCAAGCCUCCCAGAGGGCCGCGGGCCAGCUGCUGCAAACAGCCUCCAUUCAACCGUCUCAGCACCCCGUCCCCGUGCUGCCCAAACCUGCUCCGCACCAGUCCUCCAUGCCCAGCCAGCAGGCCACCAUCUUCCACUCCACCAUCAGCCCCCACGCCCUCCACUCCUCCCUGAACCACGCGAAAGCUCAGCCCGUCCAGCUCACUGCCAUCAACCUGCAAAUACAUCCAACAGCCUCCCGAAUGCUUCACGACAAUAAAGAUAAACCGACCUCACUGGUGGUCAGAGAGAUGUGUUCACCCCCUGCCGCACAGCAGCAGCAGCAACCACCACCACAACAACAACAACAACAACAACAACAACAACAACAACAACAACAACAACAACAACAACAACAACAGCAGCAGCAGCAGCAGCAGCAGCAGCAGCAGCAGCAGCAACAGCAACAGCAACCUCCACCUGUACCAUCUCAACCCACCAAGCCUGUCGAGCUGCCCAAAGUCGAGCCACCCACACCAGCUGUCCAGCCACAAGCAGGCGGAGGCUCAACCAAGAGGUUGAGUGCUGCUCCACCUGGGACCCCACCUCCAGCCAUGACCUCAGGAAAUGAGAGCAAAGCACCCACCGUGAUCGGCAGCACGCCGCAGAACGGCGAGAACAAACCGCCGCAGGCCAUCGUCAAGCCGCAGGUCCUCACACAUGUCAUCGAAGGCUUUGUCAUCCAAGAGGGGGCCGAGCCGUUCCCCGUGUGUGUGGAGCGUCUGCCCAUUCUCAUCGACAGCCCGAAGAAGAUGGAUCAUCAGCUCUCCUCGGACCCCGACAAGACCCCCGUCAGCAACGCAGCAAACAGCGACUCCGAGACCGAGGACAUGAACACAUCAGAAAAAGAACAAGAACCCAAGCUGACAUGUGAAUACUGCGGCUGGGUCGACUUUGCCUACACAUUUAAAGGUUCUAAAAGAUUCUGCUCCGUGGUUUGUGCAAAGAGGUACAACGUGGGCUGCACGAAACGGAUAGGCCUUUUCCGUCCAGAGAGGAGUAAACCGACCAAUCGCUGGCGUAGAAGAUCUCAGGGCCGCAGCAGUAUAGAGGCAAAGAAGCAGAAGCUGUCCCCCUCCCCGCAGCAGACUCAGGGCGGCUCUGUCUCCUCCCCCCACCCCUCGCAACCCAGUCAGGAGGAGUCCAGCCCGUGUUCGGACAUGUCCAGCUACGAGGAACCGCCCUCCCCGCUCUCUGCAGCCAGCUCGGGGCCCCUGCCCCCCGCCCCCGCUCAGGUCCCCGUACACCGGCACCCGAGCAGGGCCUCGGAACAGGAGGUCUGUGCUGUCAGAGACUCGCCUUCGCUCUGCUUCAUACCCAACGACCCCACCAAGUGGAACGUGGAACAAGUUUACGACUUCAUCCGAUCACUGCCAGGCUGUCAGGAGAUCGCAGACGAGUUUCGAUCUCAGGAGAUUGACGGACAGGCCAUGCUCCUGUUGAAGGAGGACCACCUCAUGAGCGCCAUGAACAUUAAACUGGGACCUGCACUCAAGAUCUUCGCACGCAUCAACAUGCUCAAAGACUCUUAGCACGUGCAUUGAUCUUGAUGAAUCUUUUUUUGUGUGUGCUUGUUCGAGAGAAGAGCGUAAAACAGGUAAAUGAUGUCCUCAUAGCACUGACAACACGGACUGACUGCUGCACUAUGACCUCAUCACUACUGAAGCCCCUCAAGCACUAAAAGCCUGCGUUUACAUGCAUUCAGUCACAGGGAAUACAAUCUGGAGUCACAGUGAGAUCUGUGCUUUAUGACAAAUGUUGAUUCUCACAUUAAAUGAGUGUAUCUGGAUAUCUGAUCUUGAUAAGGAACAAAGCAUGCAAAGGUGUAGGAGUACAAGCAUGCAGAACAUAUCGCAUGCAGGCUGCCAUAUGAUCCACCAGACUUGGGCGGUAUACUGCGAAGCGAGUUCAACAGAGCCAUAUCGUGUCAUUUCAUGACUAUUAUAUUUGAUUUACCAACUGCAGCUCUUAAACUUUGAAGCAAAAAGCAUGAGCAUAAAUUCUGCUCACUGACUGACUAUAAAGGCCUGCUAUUUACAGGAACUAGUUGGAGAACAGUGGUUUUGGCCUAUUUUAAUUUGAACAUAACCUUGAAAGGAGCAGGUUAUGUCUGCAGCAUAAGUUAUCAUGACAAUCUAGCCAGGUUAAAAGAGAGACACCUUCGUAGUACAGUAAACUCUGGCUUUAGGCUCAACAUACCUCGCUAACCCUCUAACUUGGCUUCGUAGUAUACCCCUCUGAUCUGGGUGUGGCCCUGCUUACAUGAUGUUCAGAUCUCAGCCAGGUGAAAUGCUUAAUGUUUGAGCAUUUAAAGCUUUUAUAAUGCAAUUAGUGUGUAGGACAACAUGCAUGAAAGGACACUGCAGAUUCGAGUUGCAGUUUAGACCUCCAACCCCAUAGUGCGCCCCAGUUAAAGUGCAUUAUUGAAUGCAAAACACGCAGCAAGUUGAUAAAAUCACCCAACCAAGCUGCCAAUCAGAAAGCUACAAAGACCUAAGACAUGCCAUUUUGUCUUACCGUGACAACAUGUUUGUUAUUAAUACAGGGUGCGGAUUUUGAGGUAGUCUAUUACAUGCCAUCAUCCAGAUAACACAUCUAGAUACAGACUCUUUAGAUUAUAGCAGGUGUAAACAGUCAUGGAUUUGGCCAGAGUAAGAAAAAGUUGAAUGAAAGAGAACUCUUUUGAGAAGAACGAGCCUGCCAAAGUGCACUACCUGCUCAGUGGGGUCUGUUGGGGUCAUACUGCAGCACAGUCGUUGCUGAAUUAGGACAUUAAUACAAACAUGAGUGAAUUCUGAAUUAAUUAAUAUCAUAUUAUUAGAGAUGUUUUUGUACAGUUUGGUUCGUGUAUGAAUGGAAGAGAACCAUUUCUCUUUGUAUGUGUGGCAGGGAACAGAAGAUUGCAUUCAUUAAAAUGUUCUCAUUUUUAUUCAGCAGAUGCUCCUUUUCCUUUUUUCACAAUAAGAACCUCACUGCUCCGGAAUACAAAGCUUGAAUGCAGAGAAACCGUUUACGCAGUGUCUUUUGUGACAUCGAUUUCCCUUUCAUGAGAAACUGGCCAGUUUUUCCCCUGUAGUUUUAAACUGCUUACAAAUUAUUUUUCACCGCUUUUCAAGAUGAUUUACUAAAAUAAGACAUUGAUUUCUUGUCUCAGUUUCAUAGGAGGACACUAAGUUAUCUGAGGAACAAUUGUGGUGUGCUGCUCUCUUCACAUAGCCCAACUUUUGGCACUUAUUUUCCUUUUUGUCUGCUUUAAUAUUUGAGACACUCCACCUGAAGUGAGGGCAGUGAUUGUGCAGAAAAGAAAACGCAUGUAUUUGUACAUAGAAGCUUGAACUAAGUGUAAAACUGACAUUUUUUAAGUUAUCCUUGUUAUUUUAAAACAGAAAUGUAAUUAUGUUCAAUAUUUUUGAAAUAUGCAAAUGUGUAAAUAUCAUGGCCUGGGAGUUGUUUUUUCCCCAAUAUGUUCAAAUCUAUUUGUGUUUUGUGGCUGUGAAGGAAGGUCAACUUUUAUAGGUGAGGCUUUGUCAAAUGCUUGUAUUUAUCAAAACAGUUUGUUACGCAACAUUUUGCAAUUAUAAAUAAUUUACAAUACA